GACAUUAGAAUACGGGGUGAGUGUGACACAUUCAUAUGUUUGUUGGCGAGUUUCUCGAAAAAUGCAUUGAAGCAGCUUUUUCGUUAAACACGCUUGAUGAAAUCGCGCCAAGCAGGAUUUUUUUUUAUUGGCUCGCACGGUUUGUGUAUCAGCCACGACAGGGAACCAAAAAAAAUAAAAUUAUUAUCCUGAUCAGAUCACUCACAUUCGCUAGCACAAAUGCGCCAACCCGCAUAUGUGGGACGACAUUUGCAAAUGCCUUCGUUAAGUUUUCACUACAUUCGUGCUUUUCCAAGCUAUGUCGGUUUUUUAGCGCACAUCAAAUACGUAAAUUGCUUAGUCUCCCACACAUCAGGGGCGUGCCCAUGGCUUCAGAAUCGGGUAAGCCCAAAGCUUCCAAAAUUACUAUAUCUAUCUUACUUUCUUGACUUGGCUAGCUUAAAAAAUUUACGAUUUGUAUACGAUUCUUAAUUUUAUUUUGUGUUUUAUUACACUGAUAUUAAAUUUCAAUUAAUCAGUAGUAGACAAUUAUCUAGAAAGAGAGGCAAGGAUUUUAUUUAAGUGCAUGAGUUACCAUUAGGUAUACGAUUAUAACUAUAUACGUUGGUGUCGAUUCUGGCAUGAUUAUCUAAACUUAAAACUAAAUUCAACAUCAGUCUCUCCUUUUCAUUCUGUAUAGAGAAUGACAAGGAUACACUGUUGUCAAAUUUAAUUUUAGGUUUACAGAAUCAUGCCAGAAUCCACACCAGUUUAGUAUAUUUCUUGGGGUUCAAGAUUUUUUUAAUACAUCUAUAAGCUCUUGAGAUUUCAAAGCAAUAGUUAUUUCGAUAUUAUUCAAUUUAGAUAGUCAUAGCAGGUAUUAUUGUGUUCAAAUUUAGUCUACGAAAUAUCGAUAUUUUGGAAUUUCCGAUAUCGAUAUUAUCGAUAUCAAUGAAUUUUAAAUAUCGAUAUAAAUAUCGAUAUUUUGGUCUCGAUAUUAUCGAUAUUCCGAUAUAUCGUUGCAACCCUAGUCGGGGUUGACCAAGUCGGUUCUGAAUUAAAGAUUGUUGUAAAGCCACAUUUACCUUUAUUUCUAAGUGUGGAGCCCAUACUAUUUCUUAUUUACCAAGUAAAUAUAUUUUUUACCGACGAACACAGACUGACUGACAUUUCUCAAAACAAACACAAAACGGCGGGACAUCUGUCAUUUUGCAACAUAAUAAACAUAUUUUUUACCACAGACAACGAGAAACAUGUUAUUUCUGCAUGAAAAAUGGCAGCACUGAUCAAAAUGGCUGUCAAAAUUGACUUUACAAUACCUACAAAAAUAUUAAAUUUCAAUAUUUUUUUCUCGAGUUCUAUUCGUUUCCGUAUAAAAAGAUUUCGUGUACGUGUUCCUAAUAAUUAAUACUUUCCGUGACAAAAAUCUCAGCUCGGUACUCAACCACAACUAAUGGAAAACUGAGCCCUUCAGCUACCUUGUUGACGCAUUCACUUGUUUUUGGAACUUCAAUAUUUGAUUCUGUAGAUUUCACUUCAAACACAUAUUUGUAAACGUUUCUGACCCAAAGUUUCUCGGUUGCACUAAAAGCUACACGUGGCCUUUUUUUCUUAGGAGAUAGAAAUGUAUCUCCAUCUUGUGAUAUGCUCAACUGAGCAUCCAUGCCUUCGAUGUAACAAACAAAAAAAGCUGACACGAUUAAGAAAAAGUAGAUAACGAAAAACAAACAUAACGUAACAAAAAUUUAACAAUAAAGAUAACUAAAACAACUCGCAGUGGGCAAAGCAAAGUUAUUCGUGCACUCAAAACAGAAGUUAGAAGCCGAAUGAGCGAAUGACAAAUGAAAUAAAAUGGCGGACAAGCCUCAUCGUAGCACCAUAACUAAAAACCAGUACCAACUUGAGAUUUUAUACAGCCUUUUAUUUAUAUGAAUAAUAAAUAGAAUUAAGUAUGAUCAUUAUGAGUUAGUUAUGGAACGAUUAGAUUUUCUGUGAACUAUUGAAAUUCGGCGGUCAACAUUAUUUUACGGAAUGACAUUUUGAAACGUCAUUUUACUGCAUCUAAUAAAAAGUCGAAGUAUAGUUUAGAGAAUAAGCCUACGAUAUUUUUUUCUAAUAUUUUAUAACGUUAUGAAAUAACGUUAUUACAUUUUUCUAAUAUUGGGGUAUUAUAAAUGACUAUGGUAACACUGGCUAAUGCACUACGUACAUAAAAAACCGACUUCACUUUUUUGUUCGGCAGACUCCGUCUUUACUUUUCAUUUUGGUCUGAGCCAACUAGGAUAACGGGUAGAAUACAUACUGUACAUAUAUAAAUAUACUGGACAUAAAUAUAUUUAUAUAGAAAUAUAUAUCAAACAUCCAUGACUGGAGUACAAAUACUCGUAUUCAUGACACAAACAUCUGCCCCCGCCGGGAUUCGAACCCGGGACCUCUCGAGCCUGCGACACCAUGAAACCCGGCGUACAAACCACCCAGCCACGGAGGUCGUCAAAAAAAUACAUUAAUUUGGGAACAAAUGUACAGGUUUUAAUCUUUAUUUUGUUAAAUUGAAAUAAGAACUUUUUAUUCCUGGAUUUUCAGACUUAAAAGCUUUAAAAAGAUUUUUCAUAGACUCCAAAAGAAACCGUUUUUGCAUCUUCAUUUUGCCUUUAGUGACAGUUUCUUUUUUACCAGCGGUAUUCCUUUUUUUGAGAGUUCUGUAUGUCCAUGGCGCGUUGUUGUUUUUGCUUUUAUGAUUUUAUUUUUUUGCGCUGUAUCCAUGUUAUCAAACAUAUUCUUUCACUCAGUUUUCGCUCAUCUGUCUUUAGUUUUCUUGUAGUUUUCUUUGAUAGCAUUAGUCAAUAUAUUAUAUUUAUAGACUACCUCGCAAUCUACCUUAGGAUUAUUCUCUUUAGGUUUUAAAUUCUCUUUCACCUGAACUAAUUCUUUCUUCUUACGAUUAGCUCUCUUUUUAAAUUUUUCGUAUUUUUUCUUCCAUAUCUUUGCUUCAAUUCGUAGUUUCAAAUUUUCUCUUUACUAUUAGAUCUAUCUCUGCGUUUUUUUUCUUCCUCUUUCUUUACAUUCAGGAUCCAACGUAACAGCAGGAGAAGGAGGCGGUGUGACUGCUUGUUGUUCUUGCGGUAUAUCAAAUUCCUCCAAUUUUUUUGGGUUUUCCUACCUUUCCUCCAAAAUAUUCGGAGAACUUGCGGGUGUAUUGAAAAAUACAUCUCGUACUACUUGCAUUCAUUUCCUCUGCUCCUGUUUACGCAAUUUCCAAAUAAUUCUGCAUUCUUUUGCUCCUCAGGCUGCAUACUUGAAAUUAACUUUUUGUGUUUAUGAUAGCUUUCUCAGUUCUUUCUCUUCCUUUCAGCUAAUUUUUAUAGGCACGCUUUAAGCCUCUCUCUGUAUCGUCACGACUUUUCUUUCUCCGAAAAUCCCAUUUUCAAAAAAAAAAUUCAGCACUUGGCAUUCAAGACCACACCGAGGCAUCUAGUCUCAAACUAAGCCGAAGCUUGUACUAUACUAUGGGUACUAAACAUCUGAUGAACUCAGAUACAUGUUCAUUAACACAAAAGUUACUGUGUGGGAUUCAAACCCACUGCCCUCUUGGUGUAGAAGCAAUAGUCACAACCAAUGCACGAAUAAAUAUUUAAUUUAUAGAUGUUUAUCAUCAAAAUAAUAUUAUUUGUCCUAAGGACAACCAAAAUGUCCUACGGACCACCAAUUUCGUUGUCCAAGUGACUGGUUGUCCGUAAGACGUUUUAUAAACUUUUGGCUUCCUAUUAAAUAAUAACGUUUUAUUGCCUCUUUCCUUACUCACACAGUAAAAUCUAGCUGACACAACAUCUAGUACAAUAUAGUUAAUUGUUAAAUAUUGAGUACUUAUGGAAUUCUGACGGUUGUCCGCUGGAACGACAAUAAGAACACGCACUUUCACUUACGGAACUCGCCCGACUGACGCCACGCCUUUGUUGAAAUAAAAAUGGCGGUAGGACGCGACAUCUUCUUAGAGAGACGGCCUUGUUGCUAACGUACUCAGCCGCCAUCUAUGUUUUUUUCGCAUACUAAAUUAGCGGUGGUCCAGGUGACGUUAGCUAAGCAAACAUUUUUGGGGACACAAGUAAAAUAAAAUAGUUUGGUAAUUUUUAUUAACCUUAAUAAAUACCAAUAUGUUUUAUUAACAGAGUACAUACUUGAAAGUGAUUUUUUUCAAUUACUGAGAAUUGUUUCAUAGAGUUUUUUUCGUAAUGGAAAUAGUUUUGAUGACCUGUUUCCGGAGGACAUUCCGUGAUAUCACGAAAUGAUCGAUUUGUCUUUAGGACAACCAUAAAAGAUUGUUUAGUUUGAACCAAAACUCAAUAUUUCUUUGAUUAUAUGUUUGUAAAUGUUUCUAGGAAUAUAUAAAUUAUGAUUUUAGCGUAUAUUUUUUGGUAGAUUUUGUAUUAUGCUUAUGGGACAGGAAAAGGGUAACAUCGAGCAAGGAAUAGUUGAUUGACCCUACAUAACAAAGAUCAUCCUACUGAAUUUUCUGAAUUAUUCAUCUUUUUAAUAAUAAAAAUUGGUCUCAUGUACGUCAUACGUGUGCGUGUCGAUCAAAGCUAGAUAGGGCAAGGAAACAACAGCUCGUAAUUGAUCGGCAUUAAUGAACAAGAGCUGAAAGGUCAUAAGUCUAAUGUACACUAACAAUAUUGUUAUGAUAACAGAGUAUAGUUUUCAUAGUCUUUUCAAUUUAGUCGUAUAACGGUGAUCAAAGCAUCAACAGUUUCACAGAAAAAUAAAUUUUAACCUAUUUGAAAGUGUAACUUUUUAUAUCAGUUUUAUACUACAGCACUCGUGUGAAAAACAUUUCCCUCUUCCCUCCCAGUUAUGAUUAUAAGAUCACUAUGGCUUCCUCUACUGAUAGUAGCUCUAACUACUACUAUGAUAUCAGGUAGCCCUAUAUUCUUACAACAAGGUAGAGCACACAAACCAGUAAUAAAAUGGAAACCACCCAAGGACAACUGGAACUGGACCACGAAUGUACGUGACGAGGAGCCAUUCUUCACGCCUUCAAACUUUAUCCAUAAGCUACCGCCGUCUGCCAACGAGACUGAACUAUUAGCACACAUAUCUACGCUGAAGCGGAAUUAUUCACGCUUAUUAUGGGACAGCGACAAAAGUACUAACUUACCACUAUUCGUAGAAAAAGCUUUAAAACUCCUAAACUUGAAACAAGUGUACUAUGAAGUGGAGCACUCAGUCAUGUCCAAGGUCUCCUGCACUGCAUGCAAGGCCGGUGCGGGACUGUUGCAACAUUACAUUCAGCUUGGCAAGAGUAAGGAAGAAAUCAAUAAAAUGAUAUUUCAGUUCUGCGUAUCACUAAAUAUUCAGUCUGCCAGAGUUUGCGAAGGAAUAACGAGACUUUUUGGGAGUGAAGUUGUGUAUGUGUUGGAACGGAUAACGAUUGGUCCCAAUGAGAUUUGCAGUUUCGUGAUAGGAGACGCUUGCGGCGACGUUUAUAAUCCGUAUCACGAAUGGGAAGUUGCAUUCCCUCCGGUGCCGAAACCUCCAGUGAGAGCUCUUGGUGUUCCAGUGAAUACAGAACAAACAUUUAAAGUCUUGCAAAUAUCUGAUACACACUUCGAUCCGUAUUACGCUGAAGGUGCAAACGCUGAAUGCAAUGAACCGUUAUGUUGCCGUGUAUCGAGCGGACCAGCGUUGACUCCGAGCGGCGGCGCCGGCCGAUGGGGAGACUACCGCAAAUGCGACACACCGAAGCGCACCAUUGACCACAUGUUGAAACACAUCGCCGACACACACACCGACAUAGAUUACAUUCUUUGGACAGGAGAUUUGCCACCGCAUGAUAUUUGGAAUCAGACCAAAGAAGAGAACUUGAAAGUGUUGCAAGAGACUGUAGCGCAGAUGUCGGAUAUGUUCCCGGGGGUUCCCAUUUUCCCUGCGCUCGGCAAUCAUGAAGCAUCUCCAGUGAAUAGUUUCCCGCCACCUUACAUAUCGUCACCGGACCUGAACAUAGCGUGGUUGUAUGACGAGCUCGACUCGCAGUGGCGGCGGUGGUUACCCGCUGGUGUGUCGCCAACCGUGAGGCGUGGCGCAUUCUACUCUGUCCUCGUGCGCCCGGGUUUCCGCAUCAUAUCUCUCAACAUGAACUACUGCAAUAACAAGAACUGGUGGCUAUUAAUGAACAGCACGGACCCUGCAACGGAGCUGCAGUGGUUAAUAUACGAAUUGCAAACGGCAGAAUUUAGCGGCGAGAAGGUGCACAUAAUUGGUCACAUACCGCCAGGUCACUCCGACUGCUUGAAGAUCUGGAGCAGAAACUACUACGCCAUCGUCAACCGAUAUGAGUCCACAAUCACGGCCCAAUUUUUUGGACACACUCACUAUGACGAAUUUGAAGUCUUCUACGACCCUAAUGAUCUAGGCAAAGCAACCAGUAUUGCUUAUGUAGGACCUUCUGUAUCACCAUAUUAUGAUUUGAAUCUUGGAUAUAGAAUAUAUUACGUCGACGGAGAUCAUCCAGCAACUACCAGACAAGUGAUAGACCACGAAACUUGGAUCAUGAAUCUGAAGGAGGCGAACCAGUUCGGCUACCCGAUCUGGUACAAGCUGUACUCGGCCCGCGCCGCCUACCGGAUGCCGGCGCUCCGACCGCAGGACUGGGAUCGUUUCAUCGACAACAUGACCUCCAACGACGACAUCUUCAACCUAUAUCACAAACAUUAUUGGAAGAACAGCCCCCGUCGGGGCAUCUGCAACAGCGAGUGUCGCAAGCGCCUAGUGUGCGAUGCACGGUCGGGACGUUCGCACGACCGGCGCGCGCUCUGCGGCCACAUCGAGGCGCGCAUCGAUGGCGCUGCGCCCGCGCCUCAGACCUGGCGCGCAUGGCUGUAUAACGGCAUUUCUGUCUCGAUGUCUAUGAUAAUGCAAAUACCGCAAGUAGCUUACCAGAUACCAAAGUUCGUGAUGGGUCUCGGCUGAAGACCUCGGGAAGGACCAUGAGAAAGUCAACUAACGUCACCACCGGAAAAGCCAUCACCGAAAACUUUUUUAUACUUACUUAUACUUGUGCUGAAAACAAAUGAAGAACUACGAACUUUCCAUAUAUACCAUUUAAAAAUAAAUGUUAUUUAAGACAUUUGUUUUGGAUGAUACUGAAAAGACUAAUGUAUUUUGUAUUGUGGUGAUCUAUUCUAACGAUUAAUAUUGUUACAUCAUAUUUCCUACUUUAUUAAGAUUUUUGUAAAUAUAAUUGUAAAUUUGUUAUAAAAUUAUUG